AGCUGACAACCUUGCCUUAGUGGCCAUCAGCACUAAGUGAAGUUUGUAUGUGUAUAUUUUGUGAUUAAAAUUAUAGCAGAAAUGUGUAUUAGAUACUUUUAUAUAAUCCUUCUAUUAAAACAAUUAUCAUCUCUGGUUUCUGCUGAUGAUGUGGUGGGUUGUGGAGGAUUUAUUCAAAGUCAUGUUCCCAUUGAUUUCUCCAAAGUUGAGGUUAAAUUAGUAACAAAGCAAGGAAUUGUAAAAGACAGAACCAACUGUGCCCCAAACAAUGGAUACUAUUUCGUGCCCCUGUAUGAUAAAGGCGAAUUAAAACUAAAGUUAUCGCCACCUCCUGGGUGGAGUUUUACUCCUAAAGAAAUCAGUCUCACCAUUGAUGGAACUGAUCCAUGCAGCCAAGGAAAAGACAUUAAUUUCAAGUUUGAAGGGUUUGGUAUUACAGGCAAGGUUGGCAGCUUAGGAAAUUUAGCUGGGGGGCCAUCAGGAGUGACUGUGAAAUUAUCAUCUAAAGAAGGAAUAAGAACCACAGAAACUCUUGCUGAUGGCAGUUUUUCAUUUUCUCCGGUUUUCCCUGGUUCAUACUCUGUAUCAAUAUCCCAUCCAAGAUGGAAGUUGUUGAAGAGUUCCGUGAAUGUCGAAGUAACCGAAGGGAACACUGACUUAGAUUCAAAUAGCUUACUAGUUCAAGGGUACGAUGUAACUGGAAGCAUUUUAACUGCCGAAGGAAAUCCUGUACAAAACACUAUAAUAGCGCUAUUCAAUCAAAAGAAGGAAAAACAUACAGCUGUAGAAGGUUGCAGUAAUAAUCAAAUGCCGAAUUUGUCAGGCAAAGACCAGUAUCUUUGCCAUGUUACUACAGGAGCAUCAGGCAAAUUUGUUUUCCCAGUAAUACCUUCUGGAAACUAUUUUGUUACUCCUUACUAUAAAGACGCAAAUAUCUAUUACUUGCCAGAAAGAAUUGAAUUUUCCAUUGGACAUACCAGUGUACAGUUAAGCGAGAAGUUUCAGGUAAUUGGGUUCACCAUUUCGGGAGAAGUGGCAAAUGGCAAAAACCAACCCAUUUCGAACGCGAAAAUAUUCUUGAAUGGACAAGAAAUCACCAAAAGUGAUAAAACCGGAGGAUAUAAGCUGGAAAAAUUGAAAGUAGGAACCUAUCGUAUCAAAGCAGAAGCAGAAAACGUAAAAUUUGAUGAAGUAACUGUGAAUAUAGACACAACUAUGCAGAAGUUGCCCAAUUUAGUUCCUUCAGCUUUUAAAGUAUGUGGCAAAGUCAUCAGUGACAAACCCCAGCAUGUUUCCGUUACUCACACCCAGUCUUCCAUGUUAGUAGAAACUGAUACCGAUGAGAAAACAGAAUUUUGCAAAUACUUGUCUCCCGGGCAGUAUGAAGUGAGUGUUAAGGUUGGCGAUGAAGACAACGAAAAUGGAAUACAAUUUUUCCCCCUUAAACAUACAAUUGAAGUCGCAAAUGCACAUAUAGAGGGUUUGGUUUUCUCGCAACUGAAAUCUUCGUUUUCCGGAAGAUUGAAAUGUAUUCGAAAACAAGAUUGUGAUGGCUUGUACGUGAUCUUAGAAUCUGCGUCAGAUAAUAUAAUAGUUCCUGUACAAAAUGCACUGUACUCGGGUAGCGAUAUUCAUCCGGGAGUGUAUGAAGUCGCCUUUUCGAAAAACAAAAUCUGCUGGAAGUACUCAAGACAAUCUGUAAAUAUUAACGCCGAAGUUGUGGAAAUAGAGCCGUUUAUUCAGACAGGGUAUCAGCUGCAAUUCAUUUCUUCACAUGAUGCCACGAUAACUUACAAAACAUUAAAGGAAGGAAAGACAGAAACUGUGCCAAUUGGCGCAGGAGUAACUUCAAGUUGUCUCGCUCAUCCUGGAAAAUAUUCCUUUUCAAUAAGCAGCUGCCAUGACUUUGGUUUCAACACAGUCGCGUACAGUGCUCCAUCUGAAAGCAACCAAAUUACGUUAAAUGCCCAAAAGCACUUGACUGAACUGAAAAUGCUGGCAGGAAGAGACUAUGGUCCGAUAGACCUGAGCAUACGUAUUGGAAAUGAAGAAGUUUCAAAGACUGUCGUGUUUUCUAACGACCACUACAAAAUCAGUUUAAUGCUGAAACCUUCUGAACCAGCUACAAUUACUCCCAAAUCAGACAAAUUACGGUUUUCCCCUGAGAGUGUUGAAAUUGAAGGAAGUUCGGACUGUGCUCAACUGGGGGACAAACUCAAUGCCGUAUUGGGCAAAGUAUUUCAGGGCCAAAUUCAACCUCCUUUGCCCGACGUUACAAUCAGCAUAGAAAAUACGCUAACUCAUGAAAUUGAGUCGAUGCAAACCAACUCUCAAGGCCUGUACAAAUUCGCUCCUUUUGAUGGGGUAUAUGAGUACAAAAUUAGCGCUCAAAAGGAGUCGUAUACUUUCAUUGGUCCAGACAAUCAGGGUAAUUUCAUAGCUCAAAAAUUAGCGGAGAUUAUCGUUGAAGUUUUGGACGAGAAUGAUCAAUCACCCCUGGAAGGCGUUCUUUUGUCUCUGUCCGGCGACCAAAGUUUCCGGCGAAACCUGCAAACUGACUCGAGUGGACGUAUCACCUUCCACUCACUAAGCGCUAGUGACUAUUUUCUGCGACCAAUGAUGAAGGAGUACCGUUUUGAGCCUUCCGCUAAAUUAAUCCCUGUCCAAGAAGGCCAAACAAUUAACAUUCAGUUGACUGGAAAGCGCGUGGCUUUCAGCGCCUUUGGAAGAUUGACCACAGUAAAUGACGAUGCUUUUGAGAACGUCAACAUUAUUGCUUCAGGAAUAGAAAAUUGCACGGGAAUCUCUGAAGAAAGUUAUACUGAUGGUUCGGGAGCUUUUAGGAUUCGGGGCUUGCAGCCCUUUUGCAGCUUUAAGGUUUAUGUUCAAGUGGGAAAUAACCAAGCCGAUUUGGUGGAAAGAACUAGUCCAUCGUCUAUUUUAAUAAAGAAUAUCAAUGAAGAUGCCAAAGAUCUACACAUUAAAGUUUUCCGGCCGGUUAUGAUAACAGACGUGCUUCUGAAAAUUGUUGCUGAGAAUGUGGAGCAUUAUCGGUUCUUGAAAGUGAACCUUUACCGGGAGACGACCAAUCCUUCGCUAAUUUACACCACUUCUAUAGACAACCUUAAUGCAAAAAUUGAGAAAAAUCGCAAUCACGGCAUUCUCGUCCAUCUCCCUACGCUUCAAUUGGACAAUAACGACUACUCUAUUCACCUGGAACCUUCACAUAGCCUCAAAGGUAGACCUUUGAUUGAGUAUUUUAACGCCAAUUCCUCUUUCAAAUAUAUUGAAAUCAAUUUCAACCCGAAAACCAACGUCAAAGAACAGCCCAUUAAACAGACUUCUGUUUGGGCCAUAGUAUUUAUAUUUGUUGUUUUAAUAGUGGCGUACAAUAUUCAAAUUGUUUUGGAUCUUUUAAAGGAGCACUUGAAUUUCAAUAUUGAGAACUUGAGUGCUUAUAUUCCCAUCUCCAGCAAUUAUAGAUCGGUUAAUGAUUACGAUAAUGAUAUUGACCAACUAGUUGAAGACAUUAACAACACAAGAAAGCAUAGGCAGAAAAAAAGUAAUUAGGUACUACAAUAGAUAGAUAAAUUUAUAUAGCAACUGGUGGUUUAGUUAAUCUGGUUUUAUUCGAGAAGGGUCAAAAAGGAAAAAUUGUUCUGUAUAUAUUUGCAAGUAUAGUUAAUGAAGUUUAGUUGCAAACUUCUUUGAAAUUCACGUCUUUGACUGGUUGAGAUCUAGUGUCUGCUUAAGUUCGCGGCAUAUGGCAAACUUUUCUAUUAUUAAUGUUGUUAAAAAAGGUUGUUCUAAUUGGUCCAAAACCUAAAAUGCACCCAUCAGAUAUAUUAAUUUUUUGCAGUCAUGCCGGGUAUCUCAGAAAAUAAAAUUUUUGAUUGAUAACUUCUGAAAUAUAAGUUAUCCGUAAAACUCAUAAUAAGAGAGCUUCCCAUAUGGUGCGACCUCAAGUAGACCACAGUAUUUGUUAUAGUAUGUGUUGUCCGAUUUGAUCUAAAGGGUUGGGAAUUUGGGGCUAUCUAUAGUUGUGGUGAGCUAUAAAUACAUUUUUAGCAGGAUUUACUAUUCAAGCCUGAUGUAAUAUAUUAGUGUAAUAUUGAAAUAUAUAGUAUGUACCUAUGAGUAAAAGUAAAUAAUAAAUUAGUUGAGUUUUCCAUGCGAACUUUCAUGUUAUUGCCACAUAAAGUUUAAAGGGCCGGGGCUGACCAAAGACUGUUUCCCUUAGCGUUAAUCUACAUUCCAUUCUUAGAAGAAUUUAAAAAAAACCAAAGGGUUCUAAAGUUUUGAAAAUUGCGGACCUUCUUGUUCGUUAGUCUGUAGAUUUAUUGUUUCUUAUAAUGUUGUAAUCUUUCUCACCAUGAUUAAGGAAAAAAAAUAAAUUCCGAAAGCUUCUUAGCUAAAAGAA